AAUUUCGACGGCAUCAUGGGAAACCUUGAACCAUGGACUAAACCAAGGGGUGGAACCACACUUAUCAUUGAUCGUUACUCUUACUCUGGGGUAGCUUUCUCAUCUACCACAGGAUUCAAUAUAGAAUGGUGUAAGGCUCCUGAGAAGGGGCUGCUGGCUCCAGACCUAGUGGUGUACCAUGACAUACCACCUGAGAAAGCAGCAGAGAGAGGAGGUUAUGGAGGUGAGAGAUAUGAGCAGUUGGAGUUCCGAGGGAAAGUCGCCCAACACUAUCAGAUGCUUCAUGAUGCCACAUGGAAGAUUGUUGAUGCUUGCCGCCCCAUAGAGGAUAUAGAGAAACAGCUAAUAGAACUUGCGAUGGAUUGUGUUAGCACCUGUCAUAAGGGGAAGCCUCUCUCUCAACUCUGGCUAACAUGGUACCUUUUUUUGGCUGGAUGCUACAGUGACAGUAGUGGGAUUUGGACCGGUUCAUUUCUUGGGCACAGAAAUGGGAGAGUCAUUACCAAACGCUUUUUAGCUCAUUUCUGUUCUCAAAUGACAUCUAGAACAGGAAAGAUGAUCUCGGGAGAGUUACCAAACAGGCUCUUUGAUCUCGGGUGUAUUCUGUUUCUCUGUGAACAGGGGUUCGAUCUGAUCAUAUCCCUUUGACCCUGUAUGCUCUGU